CUCGGGUUUCAGACCCACGCCAUUUUUUAUAACUCGGCUAGGGUAUCAAGUCCAACCGUAAGCCGAAGACCAGGCAAAGGACGGUGUAUUCCGCAUUGUUUAUACUUCAGCCUUGGCCAUGACGUGAACGGUCAUCGUAGUUAGUUCGGUAAGGUCUUGUGUUAUAAUGAAUGGGAGGAGGCCCUCCCGCCAACAUGGCUUCAUAAUUGGGAUCCCUGUAAAUGCCCUCGCCUGGAUUUGUGCUAGAACCAUUUGGUCGUUGUGUCGCGUUCGAAGAUGAGGAUGAAUGGUGACGGCGGCGGCCUUGGUUUUCUAUUGCGGGGGGAGGGGGUUGAUGUCUGGAUGGUUCGGCUCUUACUCCAACUGGGCGUGGAGCUGGGUCGCUCUGAUGAGACAAGUUACGUUCCCGGGUUACUGUAUCACGAUCUCGAGUUACGCCUUCAUGUGGGCGCCGUGGGUGAGUAUUGGUUCUGUCUACCUCCUCGUAUUGACCUGAUACCCUGUCAUGAGUGAUUCCUCCGUUGUUUAAGAGAAAAUUGA